CCCGUACCCACAUCGUCAUUCAUGAAUCAUACCUGUACCUAAGACAUACAAAUUCCCGUGACAAAAAGCAGUGAAACCUCCGGAGCCCAAAUGCAACACCUUCGACGCUUUACCAUAGUACGAACCAUGGCUUCUGCACCUUCACAUCAAAAAGACCCUGCGCACGUGAUCUCUGGACUCAAAGCGACUAUCAGCAAUCCGAACACAUCCGAGGAUGCCAAAGCACUUGCGCAAGAGCGGCUUAACGAGCUAACUGGAGUAAACGUGCAGGAGGAGGAGCACCAUAUGAAACGUACCCUCGGCGGAUACAAGGCUACACUUCAUAAUGAGGGGACAUCCAAAGAAGCCAAACAGCAUGCUCGCGAGGUCCUUGAAGCCGCAGGAAUUGAUCCUAGUGGUCUUAAGUCUGACUCGGAGCACGAAACUCGAGUUAUUGCUGGAUACAAGGCAGCUUUGCAUAAUCCCCGAGUUUCGGCAGGAGCUAAGCAGCAUGCUGAAGAGUACUUGAAGGCUCACAAUGCGCUUUGA